AUCAGUCCAGCAAAAGCAAUAAUUCUGUAAUAAUUCUCAAAUUUCUCUGCAUCCAAACCAACCCCAUCGGUUUUUCAGAAUGUCGCUAAUUCCCAACUCCCGACGAGGAAGCAGCAGCGUCUUCGACCCAUUCUCCCUCAAUCUGUGGGACCCUUUCAAGGAUUUCCCGUUCCCUUCCUCCUCAUCACUCUCCGCAUUUCCUGAAUUUUCUCGGGAGAAUUCGGCUUUUGUGAACACUAGGGUCGACUGGAAGGAGACCCCCGAAGCCCAUGUGUUCAAGGCGGACGUUCCGGGGCUGAAAAAAGAGGAGGUGAAGGUGGAGGUGGAAGACGACAGGGUGCUUAAGAUCAGCGGAGAGAGGAACGUGGAGAAGGAGGAUAUAAACGACAAGUGGCACAGAGUGGAGAGGAACAGCGGCAAGUUCUUGAGGAGGUUUCAGCUUCCGGAGAACGCAAAGGUUGAUCAGAUUAAGGCUGCCAUGGAGAAUGGAGUUCUGAGUGUCACUGUUCCGAAGGCGGAGUUGAAGAACGUUGACGUCAGAGCCAUUGAAAUUUCUGGUUGAAAUUGUGAUAUAUAUAUAUAUAUAUAUAUAUUUUUUUUUUUAAGAUUUUAUCUAUGAUUAUCUGCUCAGUCACAAAUAUGUAUCAGAAAUAAGAGUGCCAAAGUUAUAUCACGAAUAUGUAUUUGAUUUUGAGCAUUUGUCCCUUUUAACUGUAGCAAGACGUAAUGUACCUGGGAUUCCUGGUCGUAGUCCCACCAUUUCUAAUGGAGCACCCAAAUGCCGCGGUUUGAUUGUUGGUUA